AGAAGAAAUAAAUCGAAAAUAGAAUGGAAACAGUAAAGAAGCACAGUGAAGAGGUCGCAGAAUUAAAUCAAUCGAUUGACGUUCUUUUUAGUCGCCUCCCCCAGAUCGUUCAAACAUCGGUUCAAGACGCCAUUGACCAGCUUCUCGUCUUGGAGAAGAAAUCGCGUCUGUUGAUGGAGCCGACUAUCACAGUCCGUAUUUCUGAUAGAUUGCUGGAAGUGUGCUUUGAGACACAGAACUACACGAAACUGAAUUCCUCCAUCACACUCCUUGCAAAAAGAAGAUCACAGCACGAUGAUGUAUGCGAUUUUUUCAUUGCUUAGCUUUCCUUUCCUUUCCUUUCUGUUCGUGAUGUGAUCUUGCUGUUUUUGAAUUCUGUUUGCCUUACCCAUUCUCUUAGGUAAUCGCCGCGGUCGUGCGAAAGGGAAAGUCCUAUCUCAGCCAGAUCCCGGACUACGACACAAAGCUGUCUCUUCUCCAAACUCUCCUCGACACAUCCGAAGGCAAAAUGUACUUAGAAAGCGAGCGCGCCUCGCUGAUCCGCGAGCUCAUGAGCAUGCGCGAGAGCCGAGGCGAUCUGGAAGGCGCCGCCGCGGCGAGCCAAGAAAUCCAAGUGGAGGUCUGCAACUCGCUGUCGAGCCGCGAGAAAGCGGAGUUCUUUUUGGAGCAGAUCCGUCUGAGCCAGAAAGUCAACGAGUGGAUCCGCGUGCCGCUCACCAUCCAGAAGGUCAACGCGAAGCUCCUCAAAGACGAGCACAUGGAGGACCUUCUCGAGCGCUUCGUGCAGCUCUGCAUCGUCCAGCACGUCCACGACGACGACCUCCAAGCGCUCUACCGCGACUACGAGCGUCUUCUGGCGCUGUCUCGCUACGAAGAAGACGACGUGGCGAGCCGCGAGAUCGUCACCAUCCUCGUCGUGCUCGCCGUGCUGAUGCCCUACGACGCCGAGCAGCAGCAGAUCCUCCACUCGCUCGCUCGCGCGUACAGCCGCCACUGGAAGUACCUCCCCGACUACCGCGCGUUCCUGGCGUCCUUCGAGGUCGCCGAGCUGCUGAAGUGGCCGCUGCCGAUGCUCGCCACAGUGCUGGACAACCCGCUCUUCACCAGCCCGCAGUGGGGCGACAAGCGCGAGGCCUGGCGGCAGCUGCUGCGUCGCCGCGUGGUGGAGCAUAAUAUCCGCGUGCUGGGCGCGUUUUUGUCGGUGGCGUCGCUGGGCCGCGUGGCGCAGCUGCUGCAGCUGAGCGAGGAGGAGGCGGAGGACGCGCUGGCGCAGGCGUGCGUGGAGGGCAUGCUCUGGCUGCGGAUGGACCGCGUGAAGAGGACGGUGAGCUUCAAGAAGACGGAGCCGGCGGAGAAAGUGCUGACGAAUUGGACGGAGGACGUGAAGGAGGUGAUGGACGAGCUGGACAAGAUCGUGUAUUUGAUUGAGAAGGAGAAGAUGAUUAAGGAGGUGAAGCAGUGGCGUGUUUGUUGGACAUUGGUUUUUAUGGACAAUGGGAGGAGGAAUGGGUUUGUGAAUACUCUCUCCGAGUAUUCCAUUCUCGAUAUUAUCGGAAGGGGAACCUACGGGGAAGUCUACAAAGCGAUUCAUAUCACGACCGGAGAUGUCGUGGCUCUGAAAAAGAUUUGCUAUACCGACGUCGGUAUUCCGAAAUCGUCAACGCGCGAGAUUCGCUUACUCUCUGCACUUCGACAUCCAAACAUUGAAAAAUUGAGAGAGGUUGUCGUGGAUGACAUCAAAAAGGACUCUUCGCUGGUUCCAAGUCAGUUUUACCUCGUGUUUGACUACGUGGACAACGAUCUAGCUGGAAUCGUUCGUGCGGUCAAAAAGCAGUUGCUCCCACCUCUCUCUUCCCAAGUUCUCCGUGUUUACAUCUACCAAAUCGUGGAAGUACUCGACUUCCUCCAUGGUUGUAAUAUCAUUCACCGUGACAUCAAACUCGAUAAUUUUCUGGUGACGAACGAUCACCACAUCCUUCUGACCGACUUUGGUCUCUCUCGCCAGAUUCUCCCCACCUCCAAUCGAAUGUCUCUCCCCGUCUACGCAUUGGCCUACAGAGCGCCAGAGAUCCUCAUGGAGAAUCAUUCGUACUCGAUGCCGGCGGACAUCUGGGCAUUGGGCAUUUUGAUCUCGACGAUCAUUCUGGGGCGCCCUCCCUUCGAGGGAGAUAGUGAUGUUGCUUUGUUUGAUCGAACUAACACGCAGCGCGAAGUGCUAUCGAACAUUAUCAAUCAAUGUGGAGUGAUUCCUCGCUCUAUCAAAAAUUGGCUAAAAGCGUUUGCUUUUCUUGUCACUUGCUUUGAAAUAGAAACGAUAUCGAAAUUCCUUUUUCCGAAUUGCGCAUGGUGCGAACAUUGCUUCAUAGUGGAAAUGGCGUGAUGUUUUCCUCCCAAACGUACGCUUUGACGCUUCUUUUUUUAAUCGAAGAGACCAGGAGAACUUGCUGGAUCUCUGCGAUCGGCUGCUGGAUUUGAAUCCUGAAAUGCGGCCUACCACGCAGCAGAUCUUCUUCCAUCCGUUCCUGCGCGAUAUGCUUCCGACCAAUCAGCUUGUGGAGAUUGACGUUCUCAAGAAGUGUGAAUUGCCGUUGUUAAAUAUGGUGAUGCGAAAUGUCGAGUG